AGGGGGAGUAUGUUGAACUGUAUCCUGAGUUGCAGUCCUGUGCCUGCAUUCCUCUCAUCUAGGAUUAGCUUGAAAGGCGGAAAAAAAAUCAUAAAUAAUAACAGACGCAGAUUGGAAUACGGCGCUGAAGCAUCUGUUUUCAAUCAGGACUAACGUUUUAAAGGACGUGAUAUCCCUGGGUGAUCGUAGAACUGGAUCUGUUUGCUUUACGGGAGCCGUGUAAAAUAAAGGGCACACAAAUGAGAGGAAAAGUACAUAGAUACGUCGUUUUUAAUUCGCGUUCAACCGGAAAACGAGCGCUGGUGAGCGAUAACAAGAAGCUAAACGAUAUCGUCUUCUUUUAAGAGCAACAAAGGUAUCUGGCUCUAAUACAUUAAUAUUUUAGGUGAGUUAGCUUCGUCAAAAUAAAAAAAACAAGACAUUAGGCUUUAAAAAUGAACGCAAUCCGUCUCUGGUAAGUGCGGCCAGGUAAACAUCAGGCGAAACAUGGACAGAAAUUAUUCUCUAAUGUUUAACCAACACAGAUAGCGAGAGAAUAGCUCUGAUAAUUAUAAAAUCGCAGCUCUUUGUGGUUUAAUGCUACGAGAGCAUGUUGGUGUGCAUGUAUACGCGCCAAUUGUACGUUCAUUCAAUGUCGUGUCAUUAUAAUAGAUAAAAUAGUCUUUCUAUCUUCACCGGCUUCCUUUCUUAUAGUUGUAGGGGACAGAAAUGUUAUCGCUAUAGUGUUACACGAGCAGCACCGAGACUCAGGUCUACUUUAUUGUAAUUCCAGCAGUGCAAAUGUCAUGUGCCCUGGGCACAAAUCAAACGCGUGAUCGACUGCUUGGGUGAACGACUAGCGCUCUACAGCUGCUUACGAAAGGACGUUUCACAGCGCAACUUGUGGCGUCACCCUUUUCCUGUUUAAAACUGUUUAAACGACGAUACGAUUUUUACAUUUGGAUUUAACUGAUCUAAUCUUGACUGACUCUGGACGUUAGACGAGGUCGUAGCCUUUAACUAGUUAGUUCGAGUUAUCUUUCAGCGGAUUGUCAGGCGUCUGUCAUUGAACGCGUGCUCCGUCUGGCUCUGGGUUUGGAAAUAGACUGACAGUUGGUUUGACCGAUGCUUUUCAAACCUAUUCGAGCUUCUGCGCGGAUUUGUUUUGACCGUUAAAAGCAUUAUUUACGGGAUCUCUGAAGAGUCGUGUAUUAUAAGGUAGCCUAUUUUCAGGUAAAGUAACAACUUUUUGGAUAUUGUUAAGCUUAAAUCAGACAAAGACGAAAAUAAAUGUGCCACUAUUUGGGUCACAAACUACUUUGCAUAAAUUAAAUUAUUAUUACUGUUGUAAUAAGCAAUUCAUUACUGCGUAUUAUGUUUUUGUUUAGUUGUCAGACUAUCAAAAGAUAUAAAAAAUCGUAAGUAAAGUUCGUAAAACGAACACAACGGUUAAACUGAUUUUUCGUAAUAGCAUUUUAAAUUAGUUAAUUGAUUUUCUAUCAUGUUUUGCUCGCCCUAAAAUGUUACCAUGAUCAGUUAGUGCUCUUUUUUUAUGGUUAUCAUUUGUGGAUAGAUUGUCGAAGUUUCUCUCGUUAAAAAGGAACCCUAGACCUCUUGGAUUCCUUCUUUCACGCCCGCCUGUGGUAUUUGAUUGCUGACUAACUUCGCCAGGAGCACAAACGCUCCCUUGGCAUGUUUGGGUCUGAUCAGCAGCUGUUUCUCUGAGUCUUCUGUGCUCGACUGACCUAACACCUGGAUCUAAAUGAAAGAGUCACGAGAAUGAGUGAAACCUUGUUGGGACGGUGCUAGAACUUGAUGUGUAUCUUCCGCGAGCGGAUCAACUUAAAACUGUAUGUCUGAUCAACUGGUUGAGAUGGCUGAGAACUGGCGGAACUGCUUUGAGGAGGAACUCAUUUGUCCCAUUUGUUUGCAUGUGUUCGUGGAGCCCGUGCAGCUGCCGUGCAAACACAACUUCUGCCGGAGCUGCAUCAGCGAGGCCUGGGCCAAAGACACGGCCAACGUGCGCUGCCCGGAGUGCAACCACGCGUACAAUCAGAAACCCAACCUGGAGAAAAACAUCAAACUGACUAACAUUGUAGAGAAGUUCAAUGCGCUGAACGUCGAGAAAACUCCGGCCGUGUUGCAUUGCAUUCUGUGCAGACGAGGGCCUCCUCUGCAAGCGCAGAAAGUGUGUCUUCGUUGUAAUGCACCGUGUUGCCAGUCUCACAUCCAGACGCAUCUCCAGCAGCCCUGUCCCGCUCCCGGACACCUUCUGGUGGGGGUUGAGGAGGUGCGGGCCUGGAGCUGCCUGCACCACGAUGAGUACAGACUCUAUCACUGCGAUGCGGAACAGGUGGCGGUCUGCCAGUACUGCUGCUUCUCCAGAUGUGCGUCCAACCACAGCCACGCGGUGUGCGACGUGGAAGUGCGACGCAAUGACAUCAGGCAUAUGUUAAUGAAGCAGCAGGAUCGCAUUGACGAUCGAGUGAAAGACAUCGAGGAGCAGCUGUAUAAGUUAGAGUCUGACAAACUGCUGGUGGAGGAUAAGGUACAGCAGCUGAAGGAGGAGGUGCGUGUACAGUAUCGCAAAAUGCACCAGCUCUUAGAAGAUGACCUGGGGAGAACUCUAGAGGUGCUGGAUAAAGCACACUCCAAAUACUGCCAGGAGAACUCGACCCAAACCCUCCAGCUCAAUGAACGCCAUCAGGAGGCCAAGAAACUGCUCAGCUCUGUCCAAGUUGUGUUUGACAAGGCAGAGGAUAUUAACUUUAUGAAGAACACGAAACCAGUAAAAAUGCUCAUGGACAGAUCACAGUCAUGCACGGGCAGUGUUCUGCCUCCUUACAAAGUGGGUCAUCUUAAUUCCAAAAUAUUCUUGUCUGAAGUUUCAAAAAAGGAAAAGAACUUGAGAAAAGUACUGGAAGCACCAUUCAGUACUCCUGCACACUUCCUCCAGAGUGUUUCUGUCCACCCCUCCAGUGUGAAUACCUCCGGGGGUGAGAAACGCAAACACUCCAUGGCCUUCCCUGAAAGCAGCACCAGCCUGCUGGAGUCAUCGUCAGGCCCCAUGAGCAAACAGCAGUUCCUGGGUCAAGGUUCCAACUCCACCGACGGGCCGGCGUCGCAGCCACCCAUGGCCCCCUGUAGCUCCACCCAGCACAUUGUAGGCCUCAGCAGUAGCAGCAGUGCCCAGUCUGUCCAUCAUUCCAGCUCCGUUUUUACUCCAGCCGACUACCCCAACCCCAGCUCGUCCCAGCAGGCCAUGCUGCCGCAGUACGGCGGCCGUAAGAUUCUCAUGUGUACGAUGGACAACUGCUACUGCUCUAGUGUCCCCUCCAUAUCUAACCACCGUGGUCAUCCUCCCUACCCACGCUCUGGAUCUUUCCCUUGGACACAGGACUACACCCACCCCCUGCCCUCCACACCUUCAAUGUCCCAGCCUCUCCAGGGGCUCUCCAUGCAUGACUGGAUCGACGCCUCACAGAGCCAUAGGCACCCUGAUUUCUAUGGACUCUACGGGCAAUCUUCCACUAAACCAUACGUCACCAGUUAACUUCCACUGCAACUUUGGUUUAUCUCCAAUAACUCGCCCAAUUGCUUAAGUUUCAGUCACAUUUGCAAAAUGUAAGUGAAAUUUUGCAUGCAAAAACAAGUCCAUUCUCAAUAGCAUAGAGAUUUUUGAAAAUGAAAAUGAAAAUGAGCAAAACUUUUUUUGAGGAAAUUUUUUGAAUGACUGGAUUUUGCCUGCGAAAUUUUCCCAAACAACGGUAAAUGUGACAAUAACUUUAGACCUUUUUUGCCCGCCUGUCUUUCAAAAUUAGGCUUGUUAACAUCCCAAUCUAAAGGACAGCACUUUUUAGCAUGCAAUGCUCAAAGCUCUCGGCUUCAAAACACCAAUCUCUUCCAGCUUAAACCUUUUCUGUCCCUGCGUAAAACAUGACAAGCGAAUCUUUCUUAGAGAAAUGUGGAGGCGGGACCCAGCUGAGUUUUUAAAAUUACAAACAGAUUCUGGAUAAUUGCAGAGGGUUCUGACCCGGAGCAGAUAAUGAUCGCUUGUAAAAGAGUUAGUUUUAACUCUUUUCACUUCCCUCUUCCUGCCUUUAGGGCAUCUGGAAUCUGGUUGGUUUUUAUGACGUGGUAAAGUUUCCUUUUAACAUUGUUAUUAAACUUCUACAGUUUUAUUAAUAGAAGAUGGGGAAUAGUGUUAUAUAAUUAAAGAGGGGUAGAGUGCGUUUAUUAUUUAUCAUAUUUCACCUCUAUCGAACUUAAGUUUCUGCCGAACUGCUCCACAGGUAAUCAUGUGACUGGGAACUCUGAUUAUGGUUUUAUGUGUUACUUACAUUCCUUAGAGGCCAGAGGAUCUUGUUUUUCUGUUAUGUUUACAAUUAUGUAUUAAUAUUAAUUCAUUAUGUUUCGGUAGGUUGGAAAAGAUCAGUAUAAAAACUCAAUGCAGAUUCAUAGGAAGCUUCAAAGAUUUUUCACCGAGCAUGUAAUGAGCUAGUGCUUCUGGAUUCUGCUUCCUGUCAGAUAAUGUUACUUCCUGCAUUCAAGCACAUGUGAAGCACGUUCAGGAUGAUUGGUGCCUACACUCACCUCUCAGUCUUAUAAUGGUGUAGAUAUGCUUCCUGUUUUAGUCGGUGACGGUAAAGCCCAACGGGGUCUGUGGUCACCGUGAAACACUGAUUGUCAUGAACAUGCUGGAAAAACUUCCUGUUCGUGAUUGUAGUCAUGCAGGAAAGCCUAUCUGUGCACUCAGAACUCCAAGGGACUCGACUGAGUGAGACUAGAGGACAGUUGGGUACAUUUUUUCACACAUUUUAUACAAGAAAACUGAAAGGACUGCAUACAUUUGGAGAUCGAAAUAAAUGUGCUUCAAAAAUGUAUUAAAUGCUGGUUUAAACAAAA